AUGGUUCACUGCGCCGGCUGCAAGCGCCCCAUCCUCGACCGCUUCCUGCUGAACGUGCUGGACCGGGCCUGGCACGUCAAGUGCGUCCAGUGCUGCGAGUGCAAAUGCAACCUGACCGAGAAGUGCUUCUCCCGCGACGGGAAGCUCUACUGCAAGAACGACUUCUUCAGGUGUUUUGGUACCAAGUGCGCAGGCUGUGCCCAGGGCAUCUCUCCCAGCGACUUAGUCAGGAGAGCUCGCAGCAAAGUCUUUCACUUGAACUGUUUCACCUGUAUGAUGUGUAACAAACAGCUCUCCACGGGCGAGGAACUUUAUAUCAUUGACGAGAACAAGUUUGUUUGCAAAGAAGAUUACCUGACCAACAGCACCACUGCCAAAGAGAACAGUCUGCACUCAGCCACCACCGGCAGCGACCCCAGCCUGUCCCCAGAUUCCCAGGACCCCUGCCAGGAUGACGCCAAGGACUCCGAGAGCGCCAACGUGUCCGACAAGGAGGUGGGCAGCAACGAGAACGAUGACCAAAACCUGGGGGCGAAGCGGCGGGGGCCCCGCACCACCAUCAAGGCCAAGCAACUGGAGACCCUCAAGGCUGCCUUCGCCGCCACGCCCAAGCCUACCCGGCACAUCCGCGAGCAGCUGGCACAGGAGACAGGCCUCAACAUGCGGGUCAUCCAGGUGUGGUUCCAGAACCGGCGCUCCAAGGAGAGGCGCAUGAAGCAGCUGAGCGCGCUGGGCGCCCGCCGCCACGCCUUCUUCCGCAGCCCCCGCCGCAUGAGGCCCCUCGUCGACCGCCUGGAGCCCGGCGAGCUCCUCCCCAGCGGGCCCUUCUCCUUCUACGGAGAUUAUCAGAGUGAAUACUAUGGACCUGGAAGCAACUACGAUUUUUUCCCACAAGGACCUCCUUCCUCUCAAGCUCAGACGCCUGUUGAUCUCCCGUUUGUACCCUCCUCUGGGCCAUCAGGAACACCACUUGGGGGCAUGGACCACCCAUUACCUGGACACCACCCUUCUAGUGAAGCUCAGCGUUUCACAGAUAUCAUGUCCCACCCGCCCGGAGACUCUCCCAGUCCGGAGCCCAACCUUCCCGGUUCAUUGCACUCCAUGUCGGCUGAAGUUUUUGGCCCCAGUCCACCAUUUUCCUCGAUAUCCGUCAACGGUGGUGCUAAUUAUGGCAACCAUUUGUCACAUCCACCGGAAAUGAAUGAGGCAGCUGUAUGGUAGCUUUAACUGCUAGGACUGGGCCAAUUGACAUCCACUCUGCUUAUAUUUGUGGUGUACAGAAAUGAAUUCGAUAGAACAUAUUUUUCCUGCCCUAAGACAAUGUAUUUAUAGAUAUAGGCAUCUAUCUAUAUCUAUAUAGUGUUGUCUUUUGGGUUUGCAGGGAUUU